CGGAGUGCGCAAGCGCAGAUGGCUGGCCAGUAGUCGAAGGUUGAUAGUCUCCAGCUGGAAUGGAUUGCGAGCUGGAGAAGAGAAGUCAGGGACAAGAAGAGGCUAAGAUGACUGGUACCGUUAUAAUUUAGUGAACCGCCCCUUUUCUAAAGAGGAGCCCAAAGGAAGACCGGUCAUCUCUUGCAGAUCUCAAAACCAUGGCUCAGGGAUCAGUGUCAUUCAAAGAUGUGACUGUGGACUUUAGUCAGGAGGAGUGGCAGCACCUGGAUCCUGCUCAGAAGAUGCUAUACAUGGAUGUGAUGUUGGAAAACUAUUGCCACCUCGUUUCUGUGGGGUGUCACAUGACCAAGCCUGACGUGAUCCUCAAGUUGGAACGAGGAGAAGAGCCAUGGACAUCGUUUACAGGUCAUACCUGUUUAGAAGAAAAGUGGAAAGCUGAAGACUUUUUAGUGAAAUUCAAGGAACAACAAGAUAAGUUUUCUAGAUCAGUUGUAUUAAUCAACCACAAAAAACUGAUUAAGGAGAACAGUAGUGCAUAUGAAAAGACAUUUACUUUAAGCAAAAACCCUAUUAAUUCAAAAAACCUACCUCCUGAAUAUGACACUCAUGGAAAGAUUUUUAAAAAUGUUUCAGAAUUAAUCAUCAGUAAUCUAAGUCCUACAAGAAAGAGACUUAGUGAGCAUAAUGGAUAUGGGAAGUCACUCCUCAAUACUAAGGCAGAGACAGCUCACUCUGGAGUCAAAUCCCAUAAUCAACAUGGUAGGACUGUCAGUCAUAAUGAAAUGAUUAUGCAAUAUCAUGAGAUAGAAACUCCAGCACAGUCAUUUGGAUAUAAUGACUGUGAGAAAUCCUUCCUUAAAAAAGGAGGCCUAAUUACACAUAAUAGAGCUUACAGAAGGGAAAAACCAUCUGAAUAUAAUAAAAGGAGAAGAACGACCAAUAUUGAAAAAAAGCAUAUAUGCACUGAAUGUGGGAAGUCCUUCUGCAGGAAAUCAGUAUUGAUUCUGCAUCAGGGAAUUCACACAGAGGAGAAACCCUACCAAUGUCAUCAAUGUGGAAAUUCAUUUAGAAGGAAAUCAUAUCUCAUUGAUCAUCAGAGAACUCACACUGGAGAGAAACCCUUUGUUUGUAAUGAAUGUGGUAAGUCCUUCCGCCUAAAGACAGCCCUCACUGAUCAUCAGAGAACUCAUACAGGGGAGAAAUCAUAUGAAUGUCCACAAUGUAGGAAUGCCUUCAGAUUGAAGUCACACCUCAUUCGUCAUCAGAGAACUCACACAGGAGAGAAACCAUAUGAGUGUAAUGACUGUGGGAAGUCUUUCCGCCAGAAGACAACACUCUCCCUACAUCAGAGAAUUCAUACAGGAGAGAAACCCUAUAUUUGUAAAGAAUGUGGGAAGUCCUUUCACCAGAAGGCAAAUCUUACUGUACAUCAGAGAACUCAUACAGGGGAAAAGCCCUAUAUUUGUAAUGAAUGUGGGAAAUCCUUCUCCCAGAAGACAACCCUCGCUCUUCAUGAGAAGACUCAUAAUGAAGAGAAACCUUAUAUUUGUAAUGAGUGUGGAAAAUCCUUCCGCCAGAAGACAACCCUUGUGGCACAUCAGAGAACACAUACAGGGGAAAAAUCCUAUGAAUGUCCUCACUGUGGGAAGGCUUUUAGAAUGAAGUCAUACCUCAUUGAUCAUCACAGAACUCACACAGGAGAGAAACCAUAUGAAUGUAAUGAAUGUGGGAAAUCCUUCAGUCAGAAGACAAAUCUCAAUCUACAUCAGAGAAUUCAUACAGGAGAGAAACCCUAUAUUUGUAAUGAGUGUGGGAAGUCUUUUCGCCAGAAAGCAACCCUCACUGUACAUCAGAAAAUACAUACAGGGCAGAAAUCCUAUGAAUGUCCUCAGUGUGGGAAAGCCUUUAGCAGGAAAUCAUAUCUCAUUCAUCAUCAAAGAACUCAUACAGGAGAGAAACCAUACAAGUGUAAUGAAUGUGGGAAGUGCUUCCGCCAGAAGACAAAUCUCAUUGUACAUCAGAGAACUCACACAGGGGAGAAGCCUUAUAUUUGUAAUGAGUGUGGUAAGUCCUUCAGUUAUAAGAGAAACCUUAUUGUCCAUCAAAGAACUCACAAGGGAGAAAACAUGGUAAUGCAGUAAUAAAUGAUGUGAUUUCUUUGUGAAGCCUUUCUAAGUUAUUGUAAAACUUUAGUUUUUUUAAAAAG